UGCGCCGGCGAGUACCGGGAAGUCUCGCUUGCGGGCACCGGGCUCUGGGGCGGUGGCGGUAGGGACGGCCCCCGGCGUUCUGUGACACCCUACCUGCUUCCCCGCGCCGUCCCCCGGCUUGCGGCGACCGGCCACAGCUGCAGCGGGCCCGGGGCGUGCGGCCUGGAUUUUUCCUGACACCUUGAACAUGAGCCCCACACAGUGGGACUUCCCUGUGGAAUUAUGUUGUCGGCCUAUGGCUUUUGUUACCCUUACGGGCCUGGAUGUAGUUUAUAAUGCUGUCCAUCGAGCUGUCUGGGACGCUUUCUGUGCCAAUCGGAGGGCUGAUCGGGUACCAAUAUCUUUCAAGGUGCUCCCAGGUGACCAUGAGUAUCCCAAAUGUAGGCCUAAGAGAACUUCCUAUGAAUGGUACAUUCCUAAGGGGAUCUUGAAGACUGGCUGGAUGAAUAAACAUCUGAAUCUGGUGCCGGCCCUGGUGGUUGUGUUCUAUGAACUGGACUGGGAUGAGCCCCAGUGGAAAGAAAAGCAGUCCGAGUGCGCUACCAGAGUGGAAAUCGUCAGGCAAAGUUUGCAAGGGAGAAACACAAAAGUUGCAGUGGUUCUGAUUCAGAAGAAAACUCCUUUGCCACCAGGAGAAGAUGUUACCGCAUCAGAAAGAGCCGCAGCUUUAUGUAAUGCCUGUGAACUCUCAGGAAAAUCUUUGUUUGUACUGCCCCAUACUGACCACCUGGUGGGUUAUAUUAUAAGAUUAGAAAAUGCCUUUUAUGAACAUGCACAGACUUAUUACUACACUGAGAUCAGAAGAGUGAAAUCUCAUAAAGAAUUUUUGAAUAAAACAACACACCAGCUUUUAUUUGUUAGACAUCAGUUCAAAAUAGCUUUCUUCAGUGAAUUGAAACAAGAUACACAAAAUGCUCUGAAGAAUUAUAGGACCGCCUAUAAUCUUGUACAUGAAUUGCGAGCCCAUGAAACUAAUAUUCUGGAAAUAAAGACUAUGGCAGGAUUUAUAAACUACAAGAUCUGUAGGCUGUGUUUUCAGCACAACACCCCAUUGGAUGCAAUUGCUCAGUUCCGAAAACACAUUGACUUGUGUAAGAAAAAAAUCGGAAGUGCAGAGUUAUCUUUUGAGCAUGCUGCAUGGAUGUCUAAACAAUUCCAGGCCUUUGGAGAUUUAUUUGAUGAAGCUAUUAAGUUAGGGUUGACAGCUAUUCAGACUCAGAAUCCUGGUUUCUAUUACCAGCAGGCAGCAUACUAUGCCCAGGAGCGGAAGCAGCUUGCAAAAACCCUCUGUAGCCAUGACUUUUCUUCUCUGAAGACAGGUGAACAUUAUCAACAGUGCUACUUGAAAAACGGUUCCAAAAACAGUUUGCAUGCUUCUGUAACAUACCCCAAUCCUGAUCCAUUAGAAACACAAACAGGCGUUCUUGACUUUUAUGGACAAAGAUCAUGGCGACAAGGAAUACUAAGUUUUGAUCUUUCUGAUCCUGAAAAAGAGAAGGUGGGAAUUCUUGCCAUUCAGCUGAAGGAGAGAAGUGUUGUUCACUCUGAAAUAAUAAUAACUCUUCUGAGCAAUGCUGUUGCACAAUUUAAGAAGUAUAAAUGUCCAAGAAUGAAAAGUCAUCUAAUGGUUCAAAUGGGAGAGGAGUAUUACUAUGCAAAGGAUUAUACCAAAGCUUUGAAGUUGCUGGAUUACGUGAUGUGUGAUUAUCGGAGUGAAGGAUGGUGGACCCUGCUCACGUCCAUAUUGACUACAGCUCUGAAGUGCUCUUACCUCAUGGCCCAAUUAAAAGAUUACAUUACUUACUCCCUAGAACUCCUUGGAAGAGCUUCAACUCUGAAAGAUGACCAGAAAUCUCGGAUCGAAAAGAACCUCAUAAACGUUCUGAUGGAACUGUACUCUGUGUUGGUGCAGAAUGAGAGUCCUGAUCCGGAACCCGACUGUGAUGUCUUAGCCGUGAAAACGGCUCAGAAGCUGUGGUCGGACCGAGUCUCCCUGGCCGGCAGCAAUGUCUUCACGAUAGGGGUGCAGGACUUCGUGCCAUUCGUACAAUGCAAAGCCAAGUUUCACGCCCCGAGUUUUCAUGUUGAUGUUCCUGUGCGGUUUGAUAUCUAUCUGAAGGCUGACUGUCCACAUCCCAUUCGGUUUUCCAAGCUCUGUGUCAGCUUUAAUAAUCAGGAGUAUAACCAGUUCUGUGUAAUCGAAGAAGCAACCAAAGCAAGUGAAGUUUUAGAAAAUUUGACUCAGGGAAAGAUGUGCUUAGUUCCUGGUAAAACAAGGAAGUUUUUAUUUAAAUUUGUUGCAAAAACUGAAGACGUGGGAAAGAAAAUUGAGAUUACUUCGGUAGAUCUGGUUCUGGGCCACGAGACGGGAAGAUGUGUGGUUUUAAAUUGGCAAGGAGGAGGAGGGGACGCCGCUUCCUCCCAAGAAGCCUUGCAGGCCUCGCGUUCUUUCAAAAGACGGCCAAAGCUCCCUGACAAUGAACUUCACUGGGACAGCAUAGUCAUUCAGGCAAGCACAAUGAUCAUCUCCAGAGUUCCAAACAUUUCUGUGCAUCUGCGACAUGACCCUCCUGCCCUGACCAAUGAAAUGUAUUGUUUGGUUGUGACCGUUGAGUCCCACGAGAAGACCCGAAUCAGAGACGUGAAGCUCACCGCUGGUUUAAAACCCGGACAGGAUGCCAAUUUAACUCAGAAAACGCACGUGUCUCUUCAUGGAACAGAACUGUGUGAUGAGUCCUACCCGGCUUUACUCACUGACAUUCCUGUGGGAGACUUACAUCCGGGGGAACAGCUGGAAAAAAUGUUAUACGUUCGCUGUGGAACAGUGGGUUCAAGAAUGUUUCUCGUGUAUGUUUCUUACCUGAUCAAUACAACUAUUGAAGACAAAGAAAUUGUUUGCAAGUGUCACAAGGAUGAAACUGUAACUAUAGAAACUGUCUUUCCAUUUGAUGUUGCGGUUAAAUUUGUCUCUACAAAGUUUGAACACCUGGAAAGGGUCUAUGCAGACAUCCCCUUUCUAUUGAUGACCGACCUUUUAAGUGCCUCACCUUGGGCCCUCACUAUUGUAUCCAGUGAGCUCCAGCUUGCUCCUUCUAUGACUCCUGUGGAUCAGCUAGAGUCCCAAGUGGACAAAGUUGUUUUACAGACUGGAGAGAGUGCUAGUGAAUGCUUUUGUCUUCGGUGCCCAUCUGUUGGAAAUGUUGAAGGUGGAGUAGCAACUGGGCAUUAUAUUAUCUCCUGGAAGAGGACCUCAGCCGUGGGGAGUGUCCCUGUCAUCAGUACUGCCAUCACUCUGCCACACGUGAUCGUGGAAAACAUUCCUCUCCACGUGAACGCAGAUCUGCCAUCAUUUGGGCGUGUCAGAGAAUCCUUACCUGUCAAGUAUCACCUACAGAACAAGACUAACUUAGUUCAAGAUGUAGAGAUUUCUGUGGAGCCCAGUGAUGCCUUCAUGUUCUCAGGUCUUAAACAGAUUCGAUUACGGAUCCUCCCUGGCACCGAACAGGAAAUGUUAUAUAAUUUCUACCCUCUGAUGGCUGGAUACCAGCAACUGCCGUCUCUCAACGUCAACCUGCUUAGAUUUCCUCACUUCACAAAUCAACUGCUCAGGCGUUUUAUACCUACCAGUAUUUUUGUAAAGCCACAGGGCCGGCUCGUGGAUGAUAACUCUAUUGCUGCCGCAUGAAGUUCAAGACUGGCCCUCGGCUGUUCUUACAGAGAAGGUAGACGGAGCUAUAGAAGUUUUUCAUUGUGAACUGUAGCUUUGAUCAUGGUAAAAGUUAAUCUUUUCUAUUUUUUAAUGGAUGUUAUACCAACUCUUCAGAGGAACUCAUGCUUAAAAUGUUAGGAAAAUCUAUCCUCUCUUGUAGUUUCACUAAUAAAUAUUUGAAAUCGCUCAGUGUGACACGGUAGGAUGUCUGACCAUUGUUAUUGUUGGAAGUCGUUUUAUGAAUAGUAGGUUCUUAAAGUAAGUGAUUCGCAUGUGCAGCAUCAGAGGAAAAGGGAGCCUCCCAAACAGGACUGGCCAUGGGGAGGAAAGUGCACCUAAGCUGCCCCAGGGAAGUUCUGAAUCCCAGUGUGUCGCUUUCAGAGUUGGCUGAACCGGAGAUCAGCCCAUCCUCGUACAUUGAAUUGAGUGCUCAGAAUCCAUGCAUCCCAACUCGUAAGCAGUUGUGUGACUGAUCCAGAAGAUUUCCAGAAAGUUUUAAUCAAAGCAAUUUAAUGUGUCUAAAAAAAUCUCUGCUUAGUGUCAAAACAUGUGAAAGAGGUUCAGUUUGCAGCCAAAACGUGGAUCAUUUAUGAAGCAGGUUUGUAUUUGUAAGUGUGUUGACAGAUCUUCGUCUCUAAGAAUCCAAGCUACAGGGAGGUGAUUAUAAGCUUAAUUUCUUAAACUAAAAGUUUUGGAAAAGGAUGCAAGUUCUAAAUGAGAGCUUUUAGUUAUAUUGUGCUGUUUCAAAAGGAACUAUUUAAAACUCUUGGAAAUUCAUGUAAAUAAAAAUCAUAUUGUGAUAAUUUUCUUCUGUUAAAAUAUCUUAAUUUAAAGCUUACCAGAUUUCAUGGAAAAUUUUAUUAUUUAAAAGUGUAGGAGUUGUAAAAAGGAAAUAGUGAUGUAAAUAAAUACGUUCUCUUUCAAGGACA